UCGGCGAUUCAGUCUAGAAAUUUCAACUGAUUCGUGAUCGUGUGUGCAAGAAUACAAACAAUAUGCUGAAGUAUCUCAUCCUUACCCUGGCCCUCUGUGCUGUGGCCUACGCCGACGAUGAGUGGAAGCCCAAGACUGGCGAGGAUAUCAAGCAAAUACGCAUUGAGUGCCUGAAGGAGCAUCCCCUCAACGGUGAUCAGAUCUCUCAGCUGAAGCAGCUGAUCUUCCCCGACGAGCCCGAUGUGCGCCAGUAUCUGCUCUGCUCCGCCCAGAAGCUGGACAUCUUCUGCACCCACGAGGGCUACCAUGCCGAUCGUCUUGCCAAGCAGUUCAAGAUGGACCUUACGGAGGAGGAAGCCCUGGAGAUCGCUCAGGGCUGCAUCGACAAGAACGAGGAGGGCAGCCCUGCGGAUGUGUGGGCCUUCCGGGGACACAAGUGUCUGAUGGCCAGCAAGAUCGGCGACAAGGUGAAGGCCUUCGUCAAGGCCAAGCAUGACGCAGCCGAGGCGGCAAAGGCGAGUGCUUAAGAUCGUUGAGACCAAUAAAAGUGUUCACAUUUUGUGCUGGAACGCAACUCGUUGAAGUCGGGA